GGUAGCAGCCUCGGCGCCUGAGAUGGAGGGAUGACAUAAACUGAUGCAGAGAGAGAGAGAGAGAGAGAGAGAGAGGAAAGAGAAAGACAAGCAGACCUCUUCUCUGUUACGGAUCGGAAAUAUUUUCGGGAUUUGUUGCUCCUUUUUUCCCUCCACGGUGGUGCGUUCUUUUAAAGAAAAACCGCGCAGGGGAGCCGUGACUGGCAUCAUAAUAAUCCGUGACAUACCCAAACACGCAUAAAUGCGCAUACGUACACGCAUAUGGACACGCAUGGACAUGCGGGAAGGUAUGCUUUUUUCUUCUUGAUUUAACAUCGGGACUCCAUUGAGAGAAAAUAAAAGCGUGCCGGUUACGCGUUCGCACACCCACGCACGCGCACCGCCGACUAUGAAAAAGAGGGUUUGAGUCAUCUUUUUUUCCGUCGCAAAGUUGCGAGGAAAUCUCGAAUCGUGACAGCAUGGACACCUUCAUGGACCCCUUCGUGGACACAUUCGGCGCGGCAUUUGGCGCAUUCGGUGUCCGUCGGCCCCUCGGGGUCCGCUACUGCUGGAAGGUCGUCUUUCUGCUCAGCGUCUUCUUCGGAAACUACCUGAGCUCCCUGCUGGACUGCCCGCCCACCUGCACCUGCUCGUCCACGGAGAUCCACUGCAAUAAGUCCGACAACAGCAAAUUCUUCCCGCUGCUGUCCUUCCAGGGCACCCUGAGCUCCGGGAACAACACCGGCAGCAUCGAGGACCUUUUCCAGAACAUCACCUCCAUACACAUUGAGAACUGGACCGGUCUGCAGACCUUGAGGGAGGUGGACAUGGAGCUCUACACCGGCUUACAGAGGCUAACCAUUGUGAGGAGCCACCUGCAUACAAUCCAGGCCCGUGUUUUCUCCAAGAACCCCCACCUGCGCUACAUAAACCUGUCCAAGAACCACAUGUUGACCACUUUGUCCUGGCAGAUCUUUGAGAAUCUGCAGCUCUUCGAACUUCAUUUGGAGGAGGUGGUGUUCGACUGCGGCUGUGAGAUCCGUUGGCUGCAGCUAUGGCAACAGAGAGGAGAGGCGGGACUGAGCAGCCAACAGUUGUACUGUGCCGACGACGACACCAAGAUACUGCUGCAGGAUAUGAACAUUAGCAGUUGUGACCUGCCAGACAUCAGUGUCAGCCACAGCAACCUCACCGUUGUCGAGGGAGACCGAGUGACGGCUAUCUGCAAUGGUUCUGGUUCCCCUUUACCCGAGGUGGACUGGCCCGUGAACGGCUUGCACUCCAUCAAUGCGCAAGAAGCAAGAGUCUACGAUAACAACACCAUCCACUCCAUCAAUAUAACGCUGGUCAAUGUGAGCCGGGAAGACAACAACUUCCUGCUGACCUGCACCGCCACCAACGUAGUGGGCAUGACCAACGCUUCCGUCCAGCUAACUGUUCACUUUCCUCCCUCCAUCGUGAAGCUGAAAGAGCCCGAACGCCGCCAUGACACCUGCAUCGAGUUCACCGUCCGAGGGUCGCCCCACCCCACGCUGCAGUGGUUCCACAGAGACAUGGAAAUAUCCCACACCAAGUAUGUCCGUCCAGACAUGGACAUUUAUCAGGACUACAUAGAGGGCUGCCUGAUCUUUCAGAACCCAACGCACCACAACAACGGCAACUACACCCUGACGGCCAGCAACUACCUGGGAGUGGCCACCAGUAGCGUGUACGGCCACUUCAUCGACAAGCCCUUCGACGGCAUCACCUCAGAGGAUUAUGACUAUGUAACCCCCACCGCAGAGACUCACAAGCCUGAGGACGAUCAUUUUGGGGUCUCCAUAGCAGUCGGCCUGGCAGGGUUUGCCUGUGUGAUGCUGGUGGUCCUCUUCCUCCUCAUCAACAAAUACGGACGACGCUCCAAGUUUGGAAUGAAAGGACCGGUAGCAGUAAUAAGCGGUGAGGAAGACUCUGCCAGCCCCCUUCAUCAUGUGAACCAUGGGAUUAUCAGUCCCUGUACGUUGGAUGCCGGGUCGGACGCCGUGGUGAUUGGAAUGACCAGGAUCCCCGUCAUCGAGAACCCGCAGUACUUCAGACACGGACACAACUGCAACAAACCAGCCACCUAUGUUCAGCAUAUUAAACGGAGGGACAUUAUUUUGAAGAGAGAGCUUGGAGAAGGAGCUUUUGGAAAGGUCUUCCUAGCAGAAUGUUACAAUCUGAGCCCCACUAAGGACAAGAUGCUGGUAGCUGUGAAGACGCUGAAGGACCCCACCCUUGCAGCCAGGAAGGAUUUCCAGAGGGAGGCCGAGUUGCUGACCAACCUGCAGCACGAGCAUAUAGUGAAGUUCUACGGCGUGUGUGUGGACGGAGACCCUCUCAUCAUGGUCUUUGAGUACAUGAAGCAUGGCGACCUCAAUAAGUUCCUCAGAGCCCACGGGCCAGACGCCCUGAUCCUGGUGGAUGGACAGCCUCUGCAGACCAAUGGGGAACUCGGCAUGUCUCAGAUGCUCCACAUAGCCAGUCAGAUCGCAGCUGGGAUGAUCUACUUGGCGUCGCAACACUUUGUGCACCGCGAUCUGGCAACAAGGAACUGCUUGGUGGGGAACGGGCUUCUGGUGAAAAUAGGAGACUUUGGCAUGUCCAGAGACAUUUACAGCACAGAUUACUACAGGGUGGGAGGUCACACCAUGCUGCCUAUCCGCUGGAUGCCUCCUGAGAGCAUCAUGUACAGGAAGUUCACCACGGAGAGCGACGUUUGGAGCUUCGGCGUCAUCCUCUGGGAGAUCUUCACUUACGGCAAACAGCCUUGGUUCCAGCUCGCCAAUAAUGAGGUGAUCGAGUGCAUCACUCAGGGCAGGGUACUGGAGCGCCCCAGGCUGUGUCCCAAGGAAGUCUACGACAUGAUGCUGGGCUGUUGGCAGAGGGAGCCACAACAGCGCCUCAACGUCAAAGACAUUCAGAAGAUACUGUUCACUCUGAUGAAAGCCACACCGGUCUAUCUGGACAUACUGGGAUAGGAAUCAAUACAAGGGGAAAGAAUUGUAAGCCUUUUGGGUUGAACUAGGUCUUCACAAGAACAGAAUUGAGUGAACUGAAUCAGAAGGAAAUGGAUUGCCUCGGACUCACAGCACAGUCCGAGAUAGAACCACGUGGAUCGGGCACCUUACCUAAAUGGUGGAGCCGAGACUUCUAAGGACAAGUCUGGCUCCUUUGUGAAUGGACUCAUGCCUAAAACACUACGGUGAUUGGAUAACCCUGAUUGUGCUGGUCUGGUGUGGUUAGUUUGCUUCUCCUAAUUAUUUCGACACCAUCAUCAUUUCACUCACACAAUCACAGAAGUUUGAGUCCUAUCUUGAAUCAGAAAGCCAUCAAAUAGAACCUGCCUAGGUUUAACAAAUCCUAAAUAAGAGCCAUCUUAAUUGCUGGGCCUCAUUAGGCUUAUACCAUUGCCUACUAUAACCAUACUUGAGUGCUACUGUGGAAUGGAGAAGGUUAAAAGUGGAAUUUCAUCUGUUCCUUGUCUAUUUGCCUAUAGCUUUACAUCAGUGCUUGGUCAGAUUGGACUCAAUUUGAGUGUUAAUGACAAAUAUUCAUGGAGAUCUUCAACGAGGUGAACCUAUGAAGGGGACAAUUGUCUCCUUCUGGUAAUAUUUAAUGGACUGUUCCUAUUAAACCCCCAGAGAGAGGAGUAUUUCAUAUUUUGAACCUCUGUUAGCAUGCCUACUCCUGCAUCCUUGAUGCUGAAAGCGAAAUGGUCCAGAUACGAACUCCAAAGAGAAAAACGCUGCAUUCUAAUCAUAAAUAAGUGACAGAAGGACUAUUAUUGACCAUAUGUUGGACUAAUUUCCUUUCUUCAACAAUUGAGGACAUCGGUCAACAGGAAAAUCUCAAAUGUUGUGUGUUUAGUACAAUUCCAAUUCUUCUGUGUUUUUAUUUGUUCAGCCUUCAUUGAUAAACCUUCUAGAUCUGAAGUCACUGAGCUGUGAUUUCUGCAGAAGCCCAACCAGACCUUCCAAUCCUGAGCCUGGAGGUGUGGCUUCAGUGAAUGUCUGUCGCCAUAGAGAUGGACCUAAGUGCCUCCUUCUUCUUUCUAAACACUGAAAAAAAGUAUUUCGAAAUAAGAGCACUUUUACAUUUUGUUUACUUGCUUAAAGAAAUAGACACUAGCUGAAAACUUUCCAUGUUUUUCUUACAAACGUUCAGCACAGCAAAUGUAAUGCAAAAAAAGAAAAAUCAACAAGAAAAAACAAAAAUAAAAUGUAAAAAAAAUGAAAGAAAAAUAAUUUUUCCCUGGGAGGAAAAGCAACAAGGAGGCUUUUUUGUAGCCUUUGCAGAUUGACAAGAACGCUGGAAGCAUCCAAGGUGAAGGUAUUCUAUAUAUUUUUUAUUUCAAAUCAAUGAGUGGACCGCUGCCAUGCCCCAAAGCCAUUGGAAUAGUCUGCCACGUGGUAGGACAGAACUGAUCACGACUAAAAACAAGCGAUUGGCUGCGAGGAAGCCUUCAAGGAUUCCUCCUCCUCCUCCGAAGAAGCCUUUUUGUGUUACACACCUGGAUCCACUCUGACGUCUGCUCGGCAACACAAAGUCUGAACUAAAAGCGGAAAGACGGAGCCGUCCUUUUAAAAAGAAUGUAUAUACUGUAAAUCUUUACGUCUUGACAUAUGUUAACUUAUUUCCUUUUCCUGAGUUUGAUUAUUUUUAGCUUCUUGAUGUGUUAUAUGGUUCAGUGAAAGCCAAUAGAUAUUUUGAUAAUCUCUUUCCAAAUGUAAUUACUGUAUAUUUACUUUAUAUAGUCAUAGUGUGUCUUUUAUGCAGUUUAACAAGAUAAUCUACAUCAAAACCAUUUCUGUUCAUCAUUUUAGUUGCUAAUUUGAUAGUAAUGUAUGAGUCAGGACUUUAGAAGAAUAUGUGAAGUUAUUGGGCUUGAUUUGCUUUUCUAGAAUCAGGGACAGUCUUUUAAAAAUUUUAAAAUCUUUUGCCACUCAGUCUGGAAAAAUGAAUCCAUUUCAUUUUUGUGUGUCCAGAAAUGCUGGAUUUAUCCUAUUUAGGAUGAAGACGGGAACCUGAGGAAUCUGCUAACUCAAAAAAAAAGUAUUUUGGUUCUUCAACAAGCAAGCAAGAAUGUUUAUUUUAGGAUCCUUUCCUUCAAACCUUUUGUUUUAUGACACCAUGCAUUGGUCUUGUUAAAUGUUUAUUUUCAUUCCAGCUUUUUUUUUUUUUAUUAGGAUUCGAAAGAAGGAAGCACUGUUACUUUCACACUUUUACUGAGAGGUCUCGUCAAAAUGACCUUGUUGUUAACAGCUUUGCCUGAUGCUUCUAGUCCAACCAUUCAGCCCUGUAAUUCCAUUCCCAUUUACUUAUUAAAUUGGUAGUGCAGAAGGCAUUGUGAUUCAGAAUACACAAUCUCACCAGGAACGACAAAUCGGGACAGGGGCUGUUAGCUCGACAAGCUCACAAGGCUGCAUGUGUUUGAUAUGGUGUCACAUCGGGUCAGUGAGAGUUUAGCACUGGGUGUCUCUAUGACUGAGCUGCCAUCUUGAAACAUCAGUUUUUUGUAUGUGUCCUUACUCAAUGACACGGGGCAGUAAUUAAAAAGCAAUGCUCUAUCCAUCAACUCGACAAAGAGAAAAUACACUAUGCUGUUGUUGAGUCCACUUAACCACAAAAUGACAGCCAUUGCUCCACUUUGAUCCUAAAUUAUAGCCAUGUUGUAUUAAUGUGUCAUAAAGGAAUGGGUCAUAAAAGAGACUAAAAAAAGGGUAGGCAGGGUGUAAGCUGCUCCAACUACAUGUACGUCACUGUCAUAAUAUUCAGUGCUGUUUGAUUGUCGUGUACCUCAUGGUAAUGUCUCACAACUAUUUGCUCCAAAACACUUCUGUUCACGAAUUGCCUGCAAACGAUUAGAAGUUCAUGCAAGAAAAGCUGCAUAUUGAAAAAAAGACUAACGAUCCAACUAAAUCACAGAACCUUUUGAGACACCAAAACCACUUUCCUGGUUGUUUGUUUGUUCUGCUUUUUCAGUCUUAUUCUCAGAUUGUCAAGUAAUCACGCAGUUGUAUUCACAGGAUCCGGUGCCUCUCAUUCAGACACUGAAGGGAUUCCAAUGCUUUUGUGUGCUGCGUUGAAUCAUACAGCUCUUUGGCUUAUCCCUUUUCAAAAAGUACUGUAUGAUACCUUCACUAGUUUAAUCAUGAUUGGCUGUCUUCUGGUUUAACUCUAACCAUAUUUAAUCAGCUGUAUUUUAUGAGUCGGAGUACUAGUACAAAUGGAGAUUGGGCUUUUUGGUCCUAUUUGCAACGACCAACAGCUUUCACCCUACACAAACAUUCUGUUGGAUAAUGUAGAAACACACAUGUGAUGGAUCAGUACGAUAUAUUGCAUAUGUAUUUCUCACUGUGAAAGUUGUGUUUUCAUUGCAUUCUAGGUAAAUUGUACUGUCCAUACUGGUGGGGGAAGAAUGUCUUCUGUUCUGUGAACUUGCACAGUUAGGACUCACUUAUACCUUUUUCUGCCAUCCCUGUGGAAUCUUUUGGUAACG